ACUUCUCAUCUCAUUUAAUUUCAUAUCACUCAACAUAAAAUCUCCAAACACGAUCCUAACUUAGACAUAGACAAUGGCAGAACAGCCUAACUUGUUAUCUCCUUUCGAAUCUCUCGUCAUGUACGACCGCUAUAAGUUCGUUUUCACUGCCAACGAAGCAGAAUCGGAAGGUGUCACCGAACCCAUCAAACUUCCAAAGCUGAUCAGAAACGCGAUAUCACUAACUCGGGCUCCAUUCUCCAAAUACAAAGUCGGAGCCGUUGGACGUGCAUCAUCGGGUCGGGUCUACUUAGGCGUCAAUGUCGACUUCCCAGGUCUUCCUCUUCACCACUCCAUCCACGCCGAGCAAUUCCUCGUCACGAACCUCGCCCUCAACUCCGAGAAAGACCUCUGUGAGUUAGCCGUUGCCGUCUCUAUUGACGGUAAAGAAUUCGGCACGCCGUGCGGACACUGCCGCCAGUUUCUUAUGGAGAUCAGAAACGCGCCUGACAUCAAAAUCCUGCUCAAAUCAAAGCAUGAAGAAGGAUCAUUCUCGAGCCUUGGAAGCCUCUUUCUGGACAGAUUCUCCCCCGACAACAUCCUCUCGAAAGGUUCCCCUCUCCUUCUCGAGAACCACGAUAACUGUCUCAUUCUCUCGGGUUCUGUCGGAGAGAUCUGCCCAGACUGUACCCAUUUGAAGUGCAAGGCUCUAGCCGCGGCAAAUAAUUCGUUCUCGCCGUACACUCGCUCUCCCUCGGGAGUGGCGCUGCUGGAUAACGACGGGAUCAUGUACCGUGGAUGGUACAUUGAAUCAGUGGCGGCAAACCCUAGUUUGGGUCCGGUACAAGCUGCGCUGGUUGAUUUCGUGGCUCGUAGCAAAGGCAAAGGGUUCAAUAAGAUCGUCCGAGCGGUGCUGGUGGAAAAGAAUGAUCCGAGUGUGAGUCAAGAACGCACGGCGAAGAUGAUUUUGGACACUAUAGCAGCUCCGAACUGCGAUUUCAAGGUCUUCCAUUGCCAUGUGAAUCUCGUAAAAAGAAUGAAGUAUCUUCGUGAUACGUUUGUGAUAGAUUAAAAAUGAUACUAUUUAAUUACACUGUUCUUCGUUAUUAAAACUACUUUAUUAUC